CCAGCCUUCUCUUGAACCUCCACUAUCCCAUAAACCCUUUCGCUGGAAGUCCAUUUGUUCACGAUAGACCCGCGCAACGAAAAGGCAGUGAACAUGUCUGACAAGAAACAGACUGUAGAUUUGGGAUUAUUAGAGGAGGACGAUGAGUUUGAAGAAUUCCCAGCCGAGGAUUGGACUGGGUUGGAUGAGGAUGAAGAUGCCCACGUGUGGGAAGACAACUGGGAUGAUGACAAUGUAGAGGACGACUUCUCUAAUCAACUAAGAGCGGAGCUGGAGAAACAUGGGUACAAGAUGGAGACGUCGCAGUAGCCGCUGAGUCCACACGGCUGUUGAGAUUGGAUAGGGAUGGACUUGAUGUUUUUUUAUAUUUAUAACAUCAUACUUCAAAUGGAGGAUGUUUAACAUGCUAAACUCGCACACAUUUUUGUACGAAACCUUAGCAAGAAUAAGGUGUUUCACGAGUAAAUUCCCCCCCCCUCAGAGUUAUGUACACAUUAAAGAUGGUUCUGUUCAAGUA